AUGUCGUCCGCUAAGGUCAAGGCCAGCCAGCUCUGGAGCAAGAACAAGGAUGAGCUCAAGACUCAGCUCGAGGAGUUGAAGGCCGAGCUGGUCCAGCUCCGCACCCAGAAGAUUGCCGGUGGUGCCCAGAGCAAGCUCACCAGAAUGAAUUUUUCUGACAUGUCCUCUUCUCUUAUAGCCNAUGAUGUCCGCAAGUCCAUCGCUCGCGUCCUGACCAUCAUCAACAUCAACCAGCGCUCGCAGCUGCGCAUCUUCUACAAGAACAAGAAGUACCUUCCCNUCGACCUCCGCGCAAAGCAGACCCGUGCCAUCCGCAGAAGAUUGAGCAAGGAGGAUGCCUCGCGCGUCACCGAGAAGCAAAAGAAGAAGCAGACCCACUUCCCCCAGAGAAACUACGCCGUCAAGGUGCGAUGA